AUGGCGAUACAUUUAUACAAAACUUCUACCUCGAGCACACGCAAUGGAGUUGUAAACAAUCAAGUGAAAUCCAAUCCACGAAAUAAUUUGAUCUAUGGACAGCGUCGUUGUGGUAAAGGUCGUAAUUCCAGAGGAAUCAUUACCGCAAGGCAUAGAGGGAGGGGUCAUAAGCGUCUAUACCGUAAAAUCGAUUUUCGACAAAAUGAAAAAGACAUAUAUGGUAGAAUCGUAACCAUAGAAUAUGACCCUAAUCGAAAUGCAUACAUAUAUAGGGAUGGUGAGAAGAGAUAUAUUUUACAUCCCCGAGGGGCUAUAAUUGGAGAUACCAUUGAUUCUGGUACAUAA